UUAAAUACAUGUAUCAUAAAUAUCGUUUUUUAUCUUAUCUUUUUAUUAACAGUUGUGUGUUUCUCAUUAAAUAAUGGAGAGAUCUUCAUGGAAAAAAAUUUGGCAUUCUGAGAGAAAUGAUAUCAAUGAGUGUGUGUGCAGCUUAUUUGAAUUUAAGGGAACUGUUGGGCCUUGACAGAGGUAUGUGCUCUACUGAGUGCCAGUCUAGUGUGACAAAACUCUUUACCUGCCCUGCAUCAUGUGUUAUCUCUGUUCUUUUCUUAAAUACAUUAUGUAUAUCUGAAUGUGUUCUAAUUCCAAUAAGUCUGUCAUUUUCUUUUUUGCAAGAUAAAUUAGCUAUAUCACAAAAGUUAAACUGUAAUAGUAAGUGAAUCAUGCAUUCUCUUUUUCCAAGGCAAGACAAACACUGACUAUAGAUUAGAGUAUGUGCUGUGUUAGUCAUUGUAGGUCAUUACUUAUCUUACAGCUCCAUUUAUCAAUUGUCUUACUGCUGUUAUAAAUGGAUGCAUGGUCCACUGAGCCCAGAAGGUUUUCAGUUGAUAACACAAACCCUCCCAUUUUGACUCAAUUACUGCUACACCCUGUGAGGGAGGAAACAUGGGCCCUGAAUAUUCAGUUUUUUUUCCUCCAAACGUUUGUUAAUGUGAUUUCUACUGUAGUAACAAUUUGAAUCUCUUUAUAUGUGCUGUGUCAGUCUUGCUGUCUGUGGACAUCAGAGCGCUGGACUACACUGGCCUUCACACAACACAGGAGUCUGGAAGAUAUGGCCACAAAACCCCCACUUUGUUGUUCCAGGGAGGACCAUGUUUGUGCAGACACAGGAUACACCAAAUCCUAACAGCGUAAAGUUUCUCCCAGGUCGCACAGUUCUUGAAUCAGGAACUAUGAAUUUUGACGGCCCUCGUGACGCGCACUGCUCACCAUUAGCCAGACAGCUGUUUAGGAUUGAUGGAGUCAAGAGUGUCUUCCUGGGCAGUGACUUUAUCACCAUAACAAGAUCUGAUGCAAAUAUGGAAUGGAAAGUAAUCAAACCUGAUGUAUUUGUUGCCAUUAUGGACUUUUUCACCACUGGGCUUCCUGUUGUCAAUGAGGACAGUGAACCAAAUGCAGAUACUGCUCCAUCAGAUGAUGAUGAUGAAGUCGUGGCUAUGAUCAAAGAACUGCUGGAUACUCGAAUAAGGCCGACAGUGCAGGAGGAUGGAGGUGACGUCCUGUAUCGGGGAUUUGAAGACGGCGUCGUUAAGCUGAAGUUGCAGGGCGCCUGCACUAGGCGUCCCAGUUCCAUGGUUACUUUGAAGAGUGGAAUCCAAAACAUGCUGCAGUUUUACGUUCCUGAAGUUGAAUCAGUGGAGCAGGUGAAAGAAGAGGAAGAGGAGAUGAACGCUCAAGUUUGAAUUACACCGAAACCUAGAACUGCAUUUACACAUUCCUCUCUCCCCUGGUCAUCUGAUGUGGACAGAGCUGGAGGAACUGUUGAACAGCGUGAUGUGUGAAAGACCCCGUGAUCAUCAUUGUCAUUUAUCCUGAUGUUAUUAUUGACUUUGGUAGCUGUUUUGUUAUUAUUUCUCAAA